AUGUAUUGGAAGUGUGCAUGUAUUGCUGCAAAUGUUUUCUGCAUGGCUGUUGUGGUAUUGGCCGAUCCGAAGACGGCUUCGAAAACGUCUAAACGAGGUUUGUCAAAAUUACCUACCAUAGUGAGUAACGAUAUGCUGCGAAAAUCCAUAUGUUUUGCACAGGCCACCCGGCUUAACAAAUUUUCACGAAUGUACUGUAUUCUAAAUAGCCUUGACCGGAGCAAUGAGCUAUUUAGAAAACUGUACUGAAGGGGAAUAAAGUCAAUUAACCUCAGUUCUAUUUGAUAACUUUUUCUUGGUUUUAAGCGUUUCACUGUUUGGGUAUGAAAUAGGGUAGGGAAAAUCUCAUAUUUUGGUCCGGACUAAGGCAAGAGUUUCAGAAAAUAUGCUUACCCCUCAGCUGAAUUUUCACAAAGUACCGUCCAGGACUCGUACUCGUAGUCAUAUCUAAAGGUCCUGACUCCUCAGGAGUUAAACGUUUUUAGUAGUGUUUGCUACGUGAUUCAAUUAUUUCGGACAAAGAGCUAUACCACGACAUGGGAAUUAAUCCACAGGAGUAGUUCCAUGGCAUUACUUUUCUAACUACCUAUGUUUCUGUGCCUUGGUUUCAACUAUUAAAUCUUAAAUAUCUUUUCCGUUUUUAGAUGAUAUAAUGGGACUUCAUCUAGGGCUUGGGGACGACCUGUUGGGCUCAAACGUUGAAACUAACCUGUUGAAAGAUGAAGAAAAACAAGAGGACACUGAUCAAAGAGCUGCAUUUCCUGUAAUGGACGCAUUCAAGGAACAUACCCUGCUAACUGCUGAUGAUCUCAAAGAUAAGGUAGAGAACAGUUAUUCCGACCAAGGGGGAAUUCGUGAGGCGGUGGACAACGCGCUGAAGAAACUUCACAAGAAGAAACAACAGGCAGCUGCUGCUGCACAUCCUGCUGCUGGUGGUGGUCAGUAUCGUGCUGUUACUGCUAAGGAACUGAUCGAUGAAGUCGUUCAGAAGGAAAUCGCAAGCCAUUUGGGCAGCGAUGCCACUCAGCAAGUGCAUGACACUGUUGCUGCAGGUAGCGAUGAAACGAAAGGAAAAGUGCAUGAGAAACUCGAAGAGAUCUCUAACUUAGAAAGACGGCUUUUUUCUCUCAUUGACGAAGUGAAAGGAUAUUUGUCGAAAAAGAAAGGCGAUCAAGGGGACAACGAGCAAGACUCAAACGAAGACAGCGACAGUGACUUAGAUAAGAUCACUAUAGACAAACGAAGCGAGAUUCCGUUCAAUAUCGAUCGAUUUCGAAGGAAUGUCUCGCUAGUUGAGGACUUCAUCCGCGACGCCCUUAAAGACGACUUCACCAUCAAUACCAGUUCAUACGAUGGCAGCGUAGAGAACAAUGAAGACGCAAAACAGGGGGACACAAGAGAUCUUCUUGGGAAAAAGGAAAUGCAGGAAGCGCUUCUAAAGCAAGCAGUUCCCGGAGAGAUUGAAGACAUCCCGGUGUCAAGCUUAGAGCGGGAUAUUGAUGAAAAUGAUACGCUUGCUAGUGAUCAUGGCAUUGGCCGUGAUGCCUUGGUUGACUCUCCUUUCUCCUCAUUAGACUACAAGAAAGUUACUGGCAAACGGUCCAGGCAUUAUAUAUCCUGA